AUGAACCCCCGAACUGUCUUACUUCUUGUUCUUGUGAGCUUGGUCUCUUCCCGAGCUCAUCAAUGUCGCUCGGACCAAGCAUUGGCUCUUCUCCAGCUCAAGAAUGACUUCUCCUCGAUGAUCAGUUUUAGCCCGCCAUGGAUUCCCGAUACCAACUGCUGCAACUGGGACGGCGUCAUCUGCGACACAGCAUCGGGUUUUGUCAUCUCCCUCGACCUCAGCAACCAUAAUAUCUCUGGUGAAAUCAGCUCCUCGCUCUUCGAGCUCACUUCCCUUCGAAGGCUUAAUCUUGCCAACAAUGCUUUCUACGGAAGUCCUCUUCCACCCGUAGGCUUUGAGAAGCUUGGUGAUCUCACUUAUCUCAACCUCUCCAACUCCGGGUUUGCCGGACAAAUCCCCAGCGGGAUCUCUCGCCUCAAAAAGCUGGUAUCUUUGGACUUAUCCACGUUCUUUUUCGAGCAAGGGGAGCUCAACAUCCCAGAUCUCCGAGUUCUCAUUGAAGGGCUCUCUAAUCUCAAGGAACUGUAUCUAGAUGGGGUUGUUGGAGAAGAUGAAGUAAACCUGUAUCAAAAAGGCAACCAUGCUUCACCUCCACUCUUCUAUCCUUCUCGAAUGCAGCCAACGCACGGCCCGCUCUCACCCCAUCAUCAAUCAGCAUCAACAGGGGUUAAUCUCUCUAACAAUAGCAUGGAUUGGUGUCAAGUUAUCGCCGAAUCAACUCCUGGGCUUCAAGCUCUCAGUUUGUCUGGUUGUUCGCUUUCGGGACCGAUCCAUGAGUCUCUGUCCAAGCUCUGGAAUUUGUCAGUAAUCUAUCUCUAUUCGAACAAUUUGUCUUCCGAGAUACCUGAGUUCUUUGGAAAUUUCUUGCACCUGAAUGAAUUGGGUCUAAGCUAUUGCAAACUCCAUGGGUUGUUUCCCAACAAAAUGUUCCAACUGAAAAAUUUGAGAGUCCUUGAGCUUGCUGGCAAUUCAAAACUUUUGGGCUUUCUACCAGUGUUUCCAAAACAUUCUCCUUUGGAGAGUUUGGACAUUGGGAGCACGAAUUUUUCAGGUACUUUGCCAGAAUCUCUGGGAAAUUUGAAGUCUUUGAAAAAGCUGUAUCUUAUGGAUUGCCAUUUCUCUGGACUAAUACCCCAUUCCAUUGGGAACCUGACCCAGUUGGUUUACCUGGACCUCUCCCUCAAUGGUUUCACCGGUGCAAUACCUCCGUUGGUGGGGGAGAGAGGAUUUCAGAGAUUGUUCUUUCUCACAAUAACUUAA